CUGAGAGGAGCUAAACUUCUCCUACAGCCCUGGCUCUUUCUGCUCGGGCUACAAGAGGCAAGCCUUCCCCCUUUUCUGGAGUUGGGACAAGGGGGGAUUUGUACUGUAGGAGCGGAGCAGCCAGCCUAGUAGGAGUUCCUGUGCUCUUGGAGGAGAUGGGCAGCAGCUGAGGAGAUUUUUCUCCCAGCCGGGUGGAAGAGCGCAGAGCUGGGGAGGGCAGAAAUGUAUCAUUCCGGCAGUGAGGAGUCAGAUCUGGGUUCGGCCGACUCCUACACCAGCCGUCCAUCAGACUCCGAUGUGUCCCUGGAGGAGGAUAAGGAGGCCGUGCGCAGAGAGGCAGAGCGACAGGCUCAGGCACAGCUCGACAAGGCCAAGACUAAACCAGUUGCGUUUGCUGUUCGCACAAAUGUCAACUACAGCGCCAGUCAUGAUGAUGACGUCCCCGUGCCGGGCAUGGCCGUCUCCUUUGAGGCUAAAGACUUCCUCCACGUCAAAGAGAAAUUCAACAACGACUGGUGGAUAGGGCGCCUGGUGAAGGAAGGCUGUGAAAUCGGUUUCAUCCCCAGUCCUGUGAAGAUCGAGAACACUCGAAUCCUCCAGGAGCACAGAGCCAAACAGGGCAAGUUCCACUCCAGUAAAUCAGGAGCAAACUCAUCCUCGAGUUUAGGUGAAGUGGUUCCUAACUCACGGAAAUCUACCCCUCCUUCCUCUGCAAUUGACAUAGACGCCACAGGCUUAGACCCCGAGGACAAUGAGCUUCCAGUCAACCUGCGCUCCCCUAAAGCCAGUCCAAACACUGUCAUGUCACCCCUAGCAAAAGAGAAACGAAUGCCCUUCUUUAAGAAGACGGAACACAUUCCUCCGUACGAUGUUGUGCCUUCCAUGCGGCCUGUGGUUCUGGUUGGACCGUCACUGAAGGGCUACGAGGUGACAGACAUGAUGCAAAAAGCACUAUUCGACUUUUUGAAACACAGAUUCGAGGGAAGAAUAUCAAUCACUCGCGUCACGGCGGACAUCUCUCUUGCCAAACGCUCCGUCCUCAACAAUCCCAGUAAACACGCUAUCAUUGAGCGCUCCAACACACGCUCCAACUUGGCUGAAGUCCAGAGUGAAAUUGAGCGAAUCUUUGAACUGGCGCGGACGUUACAGCUGGUGGUGCUGGACGCUGACACCAUCAACCACCCAUCCCAGCUGGGAAAGACCUCCCUGGCCCCCAUUAUUGUCUACGUCAAGAUAACCUCUCCCAAGGUGCUGCAGAGACUCAUCAAGUCCAGAGGAAAGUCUCAAGCCAAGCACCUCAACGUCCAGAUGGUGGCAGCUGACAAGCUGGCUCAGUGCCCUCCUGAGAUGUUUGACAUCAUCCUAGAUGAGAACCAGCUGGAGGAUGCAUGUGAGCAUAUGGCUGAUUACCUGGAGGCCUACUGGAAAAGCACUCACCCCACCAGCUGCAACCCCCCCAACCCACUACUGACAAAGCUGGCCACAGCCACCCUGCCCUCCAGCCCGGCCCCAGUCUCCAGCAUGCAGGGCAGCGGGGCAGAGCAGAAAGGUGAUAAAGCGGUAGUGGAAAGAAAGGGCUCCAGGGAGGACCACCAGCACCAUCAUCACCACCACCACCACCACCACCAGAGCCAAGACCAGGGGGACGCUGAGGGGGAGGACGAGGCCGAGGGAGAUGGCAAUGAGGAGGAGCGGCCCCUGAGGACAGAGUCCUCCAGGAGGCCGCAGCACAUCCACCACCGCUCCUCCUCCACCAGGACUGAGCACCACAACCACCAUCACCACCAUCACCACCACAGCAGCCGCGCCAGGGGCCUGUCCCGGCAGGAGACUUUGGACUCAGAGACCCCUGAGAGCAGGGAGAGCCGGGAGAGUAGGGAGAGCCGGGAGAGCAGGGAGAGCAGGGACUCGGCCUAUAUCGAGCCGCGCACUCAGGUGCUCCACCAGGAGGAGGAGGAGGAGGAGGAGGAGGAGGAGGAGGAGGAGAAGGAGGAGGAGGAGGAUGUAGGGGAGGGGCACCCCCAGCAGCAACAGCGUUACGAGCCGCUGCCCCACCGGGACCACAACCACCACCAUCACCACCACCAUCACAGAGGUGGCGCCGACGAGGCGGGCCACAGCACGGGACACCACCGCUCCAAGGAGCGUGAACAGGACCACAACGAGCGCAACAAGCAGCGCUCGCACCACCACCACCGGCUGGCUCGAGACCACCACCAUCACUACUAUGACCGGGACAGGGACAGGGACCGAGAGGGGGAGGUGGCUCCCAAAAAGAGGGGUGACACAGGGGACUGGGCCAGAGACUCGUAUAUCCACCAGUGACAGAACAAGCCCCUGACUCCUCACACACUCACACACACACACACACACACACACACACACACACACACAUACACAGACACACACAGAUUCACUCGGACUCACUACACUUCCUCUUGAAGACCAUUCUGUUCUCCCAUUGUGCUGCUAUACCCUGAAACCACAGCAUCCUAUUUAUGUAUGCUUCCUUUGUAAAUGCUGUUGCAUCCUUAGCAAUGGCAGUAUUUUGAUUAUAUAGAUAUAGAUAUGAAUAUAAAUAUAUAUGUAUGUGUGUAUCUAUGCAUAGACAUUGUCGUUUAUGUGUGGAUAUGCAUGAAUACUCUCAAAUAUGCAUAUUUUAAACCUGUGUUUGAUAAAGCAUGACACAAAAGCAGAUUUUUUCUGUACUGAGCUGUGCUUUCUGUGAUUAGCAUUUUUAUUUUUAGUAUUUUUUAUUAUUAUUAUUAUUGUUAUUAUUAUUAUUAUUUGAUUUUUUUUUUUUCUUUGCUUGCUGCCACUUGAAUAAUUUGUUCCUUCAGACUACUGCUAGGGUUGACUGCUAGAAUUGACUAACCAAGUUAGUUUGAUGCUGUAUUUGCAGAGGUCUUUUUGGUUAAUUUUAUGUUUAUCAUUUAUUGCUUAGUUCUUUUUUAUUUUGCAUCAAUGAUUUUAGACAUUUGGUCGUCAUAUAUUGAUGCCUCCUUUGAGGUGCACCUUAGUCUUGCCUUACAAGACAACGAUUUCUAAAAUAACUUCCUGUCUUACAUGCAGUACUGUUCUAUUUAUAUGGGUCCAGAAACAUUUUAUAACAUUGAUACACCCUCUACGCUGCACUUUUACUGAUUCACAUUGGUUUCAAGUGAAAAAGAUUUGAUAUGACAUUGCAUCUUACAGUGCAUCUGUUACCAAACUCCAUGAAGGUUUGUAUUUUAUUAAGUUUGAUCCCGUUUCCAAUGACUUAUUGUAUUUCAUUCCUUUUUACUCCAUACUAUAAAGAAUGUCAAUUUUAGGGUAUCCUCUUGAGUUUGUUCCUGCAAAUUAAAAAAAAAUAGCUACACUUGCAAAACUGACAGAAACAAUUCCAAAUGUUUACCAAAUAAAUAGAGUUUUGUUUUCUGUCAUUGUA